AUGAUGCGUCGCAUGCCUACUUCGCCGUCGCUGAAGCAGCCUCUGGUUCAGCGCGUGGUCGCGGGGCUUGGCUCCUCCGCCUCUUGCGAAGGAGGCGGCGACUCGCCCGCUCGCACUGGCGUGCGCUCGCCCCCUUCAAGGGUCCCGACCACAACAAAGGACGCGGCCGCGAGGCGUUUUACCCACACAGCAGCGCUUCCGCCGCGCCGACCGCCUGAGGGCAGCGCACAGGCCCUUCUGCACGACCGCUGCUUCGCCUCGGAGUCUGUCUUUUUCCAGGCGCCCUCUGCGUCGCCCUCUGCGUCUCCCUCUGCGUCGCCCUCUGCGUCUCCCUCUGCGUCGCCCUCUGCGUCUCCCUCUGCGUCGCCCUCUGCGUCGCCCUCUGCGUCGCCCUCUGCGUCGCCCUCUGCGUCGCCCUCUGCGUCUUCAUCUUCUGGGUCUGCGGCUCCUGUGUCGCCUGCCUUCGCGGCUGCCGUCUCCGCCGCGUCUCCUUCGAGUUCAGCCUCGUCGCUCUCAGUCGCGUACGCGGCGCAGGUGGCAGAUCGCCGGCGUAGCGUGCGCCGGCUGGGCGCGUCUGUCCUCGCGGACGUCCUCCUCGCUCUCGCAGCUCUCGCGCACGAGUGGCGGUCGCAGGCCUACUCGCUCUCGCACUCGCUAAUCGACGUGGCAGUCCUCCACCUCUGUCGGGCGUGUGCGGUCGCGUUCUCGCUGCUCCACCUCCUCUGGCGCUCGUCUGCCGCCCCCGCGGCUCCUGCGAGUCGCGCGCCCGCCGCGGCCUUGCCUGUCUCUCCGUUCUCGCGGUUUUUCGGGGCCCCUGGCUCGGCGCGGGGCGAGUCGCGCGACGAGGAAAAGCAGGAAAUCCAAGUCCUCGCCGACGCGGCCGCCGACUGGACGGAGCCCCACGAGGGGGUCUCAGCGGGCAGCGACACCCACGACGACGACAGCGAGAGAACGGCGCCCAGGGGGCCCCUCGACGUCGCGACGAGCGACAGCGAGAGCGCCGUGAAGGCCGAAGAGACCGAGGCUCGCACGCGCCGAGGCGAGGCCGUUCGCGGCCUGCAGGAGGCGGAGAGGGAGACGCGGGCGCUGGCGGAGACAGGUCGGCGCCGAAUCGAUGAUGCGAGUCGCGUCCUGUUUCUCUGUUUUCUGGGCGCGGUUCUGAAGGCGAUCAACUUGCGGCUGGAGGACGCGCUGCAGGCGCUCGCCGCGGUCGCCCCCAGCGGGGCCUGGCUCCACGCAGACGGGACUUUUCUGCAGUCGGUCGCGGACGGCGACCUGCGCCAGCAGGCCGAAUUCGCCUUCAGGCUCCUCCUGCUGCUUCUCCCUUUCAUCGAAGUCGUCUGGUCGCUCGUCGCACCCUUCUGCGAAGGAUACUUCCUCUGGCGCGUGCGGCGGAGUUUGACGGAGGAACGCGCACUUCUGCACCGCCGGUUGCUGCACGUGUUGGCUGAGAAAAAAGAAGCCGCGAGGAAGCGAACUCCGCGUGGAGCAUCGGGCUCCGCUGCGGAGGACGCUGACGCGCACCACCUCGAGAAAAGCGACGGCGAUCAGGACGAGGAGGACGACGACCUCGGCACAGUGGAGUUCCUGAAGCUGCUGCGUCCGUACUUCUGGCCUUCGGGAGCGCUGUGUCGGGCGCCCGGUGCGCCGCGGAGCUUUGGGGACUCUCCUCUCGUCUUGCGCCUGCUGGCGGUCUCGACGUUUCUUUGCAUCGCCUUGAGCAAGCUGAUGAUGCUCCUGUCGCCGCUGUGUCUGGGCGCGGCGGCUGCAGCAGCGGCGGAGGCUGCGAGGCUCGCGUCGGAGGAGAAGCGCGAGGCCGCCGCUGCGGAGGGACGCCGAGGCGCGCAGUACGUGCUGGCCUUCGCCGCGACGGCGCUCGGCGCGAAGCUCCUCAAGGAGGCGCAAGCGCUCGCCUACCUCAAGGUGCAGCAGGCGGCGUACGUUGAGACGUCGGAGCGAACCCUCCGGCACCUUCUGUCGCUGCCUCUCGAAUGGCAUGUGAAGAAGCAGACGGGACAUGUCAUCCGCGCGACGGACCGCGGAACUGAGGCGUGUUCCAGCUUGAUGACGUAUCUCUUUCUGUACCUCGUCCCGGCGGUCUUCGAGUGCAUUGCCGUCUGUCUCGUCUUCAUCUUCCACAUGCGACACCGCGUUCUCGCGUCUCUGCUGUUUCUCUCUCUGUCGAUCUACACUUCGCUGACCCUCCGCGUGACCUUCUGGCGCCGCAAGUGGAGAGAGGCGCAGAAUCAGCGCGACAGUCGAUAUCACCAACUGGCCAUCGAGGCGCUAACGAACUUUGAAACGGUCAAGAUGUUUAGCGCCGAGGAUUUUGAGGUCAAGCGCUACGUCGGCGCAGUCCACGAGUACCAGGAGCUCGGGACGAAGAUCCAGGCGUCGCUCUCCUUCCUUCACGCCGCGCAACAGAUCAUUGUCUACGCGACGCUCGUCGGCGGCUUGACGUUCACCGUGCAGGCGAUUGCACAGGGUGCCAUGGGCGUCGGCGAGUUUGUGACCGUUCAGAUGUACCUCCUGAACGUUUUCGCGCCGCUGAAUUUCCUGGGCACGGUCUACAAUGUCAUUGUGCGCUCGGUCGCCGACGCACAGAACCUCUCGCACCUCUUAGCGACCAAGCCAGGCAUUCUCGACGCUCCUGAUGCAGUCUCGCUCGUGGACCUUCUCUCGCGGCCGGCCGCUGCGCCGUUGCCGCCUCUCCUCGCGACCUACCUUUCGUCAUCGUCUUCUUCAGUGACUCCUGCGCCGCCAACUGCACCCCUUGGAUCGGCUUCUGCCACGCCUCGCACGCGGGGCUCCUCCGGCCUCGCGGCUGCUUCGCGUCCUUCGCGGCUGGCGGGCGCGGACUGCGGCGUUCUGCCGGCAGAGACGCAGGGAGAGGGAGACGCGGAGCGACGGCGGCGCGAGCGCGACGGCAGGCUGGGCGACGACGAGACGUGCUGCUGUCUACAGGCGCCCAUCAGACCGCUGGUGGCGUGCGACCUGGGCAACACUCCGCCCGCGCUCCCGUAUGCGCCCAGCAUCGAAUUCCAGAAUGUCUACUUCAGCUACGGGGGACCGGGGCGCCUGCGCCGGUCGAUCCGUGGCGUUAACUUGAAAGUACCUCCUUGUACGACGUGUGCGCUCGUCGGCGUGUCUGGAAGCGGAAAAAGCACGCUCACCAAGCUCUUGAUGCGGCUGCUUGAACCCGACAGCGGGCGAGUCUUAAUCAACGGCGUAGAUAUUUCGCGCGUCACACAAGAGUCGCUGCGGGCUUGCAUCGGCAUGGUGCCGCAAGAUCCAGUCAUGUUCAACGCGACGAUCUACGAGAACAUCGCUUACGCGAAGCCAAAUGCUACGUUCGAGGAAGUCGAGACAGCAGCGGAAGCCUCUCAGCUCCUUCCGCUCGUCAUGGCCAUGAAGGACACAUGGAACACGCGCGUCGGCGAGCGAGGGCUGCGGAUGAGCGGCGGAGAGCGACAGAGGAUCGCCAUCGCUCGCUGUUUCCUACGCAACCCGCCAAUCGUGCUUCUCGACGAAGCCACGUCAUCGCUUGACUCGGUGACAGAGGCUGCGAUUCAGCAGGGGCUCUUGCGCCUGAACAGCAACCGAACGGUUCUGAUGGUCGCGCAUCGGCUCUCAACGAUUCUGCAUGCAGACCAGAUUUGCGUUAUGCGAGGAGGCGAGAUAGUGGAGAGAGGUACGCACGCUGAGUUGCUCGCCAAGCAGGGCUUGUACGCAGAGCUCUGGACGGCUCAGGCGCGACGAGAAGGCAAAGACAAAGAGGACGGCACUGAGGCAGGAAUUUAG